CAGAGGUAGGGUUCCAUCCCGCAACAGAAUUCCAUCCCCAAUCCCCCAAACCUCUGUCGCCGGGUCACCGGCGAGCUCUCCGGCCAUGGCAAACCUGAGAGCCGCCGCCAGCACCGGCCAUCUCCGCGUCUACGGUACGUCGCUGUCUGAUGAUGGCGCCCUGCCGUGGGAGGAAAGAGAGCAGGACACAUCACUCCUCCUCCGCAAGAUCGAGCUCCACCGCGACGAAGCCGUCAAGCUGCUCGCCUCGCACCCCGAUCUGCUACGGUUCCUCGACGCGGCGACCUGCGUCGGCCUGCUCGAUCCGGUCUCCAACAUAGUCGUCAGCGCCAUGCUUGCCGCCUCGGCAGAUCCCGUCGACGGGGCCUCGGCGGUCGCCGGCGUCGACAAGGACAUGAAGCAGCGCUCCCUCGACGGCCUCGUCGCCUUCCUCACCUGCUUCUUCCCUCACCUCACCGACUGGGAGGCCGUCAGGUACCUUGUCCUCGCCGAAGCCGACCCCCUCGUUGCCGCGCGCAUCGUCAUCGAGGACCGCCGCACCAAGUGCUUCCGCCCAGGCUCCGCGGCCACCAACGGCGCCCUCAAGCUCGCUCUCAAGUGCGCAAUGGUGGCCGCCAAGCAUCCGUGUCCCUCCGAGCUCGCAGGCGUUUGGCUGUCCUUGUGCUCCUCCCUCGACACCCUCGAGAAGGCCGUCUCCGUGCUCUCGACGGUGCGGCCCUCCGGCGACAUCCUCCACACUCUGGCCAAGCAGAUGCCAGAUGUCCCUUAUCCUGCUCCUGAUGGCAUUGGCAGCAGCCUCAUCAGGCCAUGGGAGCUUGCCGCCCGUCGCAGUAAGCAAGCCGCCAAGGUGACUCAUCAGUAUUCCUGGUCACUGAGGCGAGUGCUCCUACAUACGAUCCAUGGUUUCUACCUGCAGGCACUCGCCAGGAUGCCGGGUGGCGAGCUGCGGUCUCGUUACCACCGUAGCAUGCUCAAGGCUGGCCAUUGCUACGGCCCUUUCGACCCUGUCACCAACAUCAUCGUCAAUACCAUCUGGUAUGAAGCCACCUUCCCACCACUGAGUCAACUGGAUGAGCUCGACAUUCUCGGCACCUUGAACCUGAUGCGGAUUGAAGCACAAUCCUUCUACGGACUUGUCUCGUUCCUCUGCACCCAUGACAGAGAUCUCAAUGCCGAUCAGGCCAUAAGGAUCCUGCUCGACACGGAUCUCAACUUGGCCGCGACAAAGCAGUGCCGCAGUGUCCAGGAAGAACAAGAAGCCUUCAGGGCUGCUGCAACUGCGGCAUGGCACCCCAGACCCGAUGCCCAAGCAGCAUUCCUCAGCUCUUGCAAGACGCCUGCAGUCCUGUCACUGCUGUCAGAUAAUGGGGGCCAACAACAGCUCUCUUCUCAAUGUGUCCAGCAGCUUGCCAUGCUAUUGUCAUCUGCUUUCCGUUCCACUGGCAUGUUAGCCCAGCAGAAGCAACCAGUUGCCAUUUAUAAACGACGGUUCAAUCUUACCAUGUAUGAGGGACGUAUACAGCGAAGGGCUCAUAGAAGAAUCUCCAGAAAGGUCAAGGCUGCACUAAGCAGAUAUGAGGUGCAGAAUUCGGGACAAGCCUGUUAUCAGCUUCAUGUGGUCUGCGGUGUGAAUGAAUAUGUAUCUGGUCCCGACAAGAGUGAUACUCCUGUUGAAGAUGACCGCUACCAUCACACACAUGCCAACUUUCUGGUGACCCGGAAUGUUGGCUCUGUAUGUUCGGGUCCAGUACUCUUCUUUGCUGAGCUUAGCAACAAGAACAAUGGCGACCAGGAUUGCCAGCUUCUAUGCUGCCCUGUGGAGUUUCCACUACCAGGGGCUGAACCAGUGCGCUGCCUUUUCUGCGAGCAAGAAGGGAUCAGGAUUGUACACCCUGCUAGUGGGGAGGGAUUCCAUGGGCACCAGGUGGAGUUUGUGAAGAUGGUUCGCUGCGAAGAUUUAUUCGAAAAUGUUGACUAUCCAGAGGAGUAUGACAAUGAUCGCAUACUAACUAAUAGUGAAUAUGUUACAAACACUGUGGCUGAUGGACUCGACGAGGACUGCAUGUACCUUGGUAGCGAUGAUUUCACCAUCAAGGAAUCCGACGGUCAUGAGUGGGAUGAGUAUGGAGAGGAGUAGUAUAUAUAGUGAUGGUCUUCUGAAAGGAGGUGAUAAAGCCAAGCUUGAGGAAGCGGUCAAUCAGUUGAUGGCGACAUCGAUGAUGACGUCGCUUGCUGGUAAGAUACUUGAUGCUCCGGCUGGAGCCGACAGGGUGCGUGGAGCUGGUGAUCAAGGAGUCUUGCGUGUAUUGAAAUGCGAGCACCAGGAAAGCAUGGCGACUGAUCCAAUACCUUCAGAGUUUAGCUGCAAGACCCAUAUGAAAGCAAUCUACUACCUGAGAGGUAAUUUAUUAGAUGCUGUAUUUGGGAAUGAAGCUUUGCCUGUGUGGCAUGGUAUUGAACAUGGCCUGGAAUUGCUAAAGAAAGCGUCACCUUGAGAGUGGGAAAUGGUAAGUGCGUCAGGGCCUGGCGUGGUAAUUGGCUUCCCUGAAAUUAAAACCAAGUCCGGGAAGAAUGAAUGAUAGACAUAUACAUACAAUUCAAGGUUGAGCUAGCUUAGCAUCAGAGUUAGUAAUUCCUGGAAUGAACAAUCACUCAGACGAAUCUUCCGCCCGCAUGAUGCGAGUAUCAUCCUUAACAUGAGCGCGUUUGAUGAUUGAAAAGGGGAUUUUCCUGCCUGGCUUACAGACUCAAGAAUGAGAAAGUGCAAAACCUGGGACAAGUGCGGAGGGAGAUUGCUCAAGAAAGAUGAGGAAGCUAAUCUGGAACUCCCCUGUGAUGAAUAAGGUGAGAAUUUUUGCUUGAAGAGUAGCCUGGGACAGCGCUUGUCCUGUUUGAUUUUGUGCUACAGUGGACUGUACUAAAGGCAAAGCUUUGAGAAACGAAAUGUGGAAAUCCUAGAGCUUUGCUUCCGCGGAGCUGGUCCCAGUAUUCUGGACCGGAUUGGCUCUUGCUGCUUUUUUCAAGAAUUUGCCAGGACAGAAGAGGACUGGUUCUCAUUUUGUGGAGAGGCUGGCACUUAAGGUGUCACCGAAGGAAUCUAAGCCGUGAAAUCUUGUAGGAGAGCCUCAAAUACUAUGUUACAAUGGUAAUCCAAGUACUAUUAUACAUUAUGUCCAAAAGAUUAUUAAAUAUGUGAAAAACAAUCUUAGUUAGCAGAGAAGUCUAUAGCACAGACCAAUCUCGUGUAUUGCCUAUCUCCCGCCGAUAAAUAUCAUACAUGUUGUACUAGAUCCUACUAAAUAGAUUUUAUAUAUAAUUU